AUGGCACCAUCCGACUCCAAUAUGCCAAACGGCACCAGCGAUCGAACCAAUACGGUGGAAAAGCUUACGUCUCUGAAAGAAGCUCUGUCAGAUCUAAUCAGCACUUUGAAAGAGCCAGCGACGCAGGUAGAGCUCAAUGCCACACUCCACGAUCCGGAGGCUCUGCCGCAUAGGGAGAUUGGAAUAAUAGCGGCACAAGUGGUAGAUAUCCUAGAUGACGCCAAACAGAUGCUGCAACCAUCGCAACUGGUUCUUGCAGAUCACUUCAUGGGUUAUUACUUGAGUAGUAAAUCCCUCGUCGCUGCAGUCUCAUUCAAGAUUCCAGACAUUCUUGGCCAGCGCCCCGGUUUGACAGUUUCUCAGCUAGCGGAGAGCGCUGGGGCUCGUGAGGACCGGUUGCGACCUGUGAUGAGAUUGCUAUACAACAACGGCCUGUUCGUCUACGAUGCCGCAAGUGAUACUUAUACCAACAAUUCGCGGUCCAAUCUCCUGAAAUCCGAUCACUGGACUCAGUGGCAUACCUGGGUGGAGUUGUAUGCUACUGAAUUCUAUGACAUGGCACGCGGCAUUCCAGACUCACUACGCACUGAUUCCACCCGCACCGCAGCUCAAAUCAACUACGACACUGAUGACGAUAUUUUUACCUAUUUUCAAAAGCGUGGUUGGUUACCGCGGGUCCACCGAGCCUUCAACGCAAGUCAAAUUGCACAGGCAGCUGGGAUUCUCGCCGACUACCCCUGGCAUGACGUGGCCGACCGAGUGAUACUGGACAUUGGCGGCGGCGGUGGCGCACUUCUUGCUUCUUUACUACGAGAAUAUCCGACUAUGAGAGGCGGAAUCUUGGACCUACCUGCGGUCAUAGAUCACACUCGACCAUUUUUCCACUCUGAUGAUGGCCAAUUCUCCGAUGUCGGCGAUCGUGUAUCAGCAGAAGAUCUUGUUGCAGGAGACUUUCUCGCCGGUCCGAUUCCCCGUUAUGAGGUCUACGUCAUGAAGUGGUGUCUACAUAACUGGCUCGAUCCAGACGUCAAGAGAAUUCUUCAAAACAUACGCGAUGCCAUAGUAGUUCAGGAAAAGUCUAGAUUAGUGGUGCUAGAUGCGGUGUUGCAAGAUGGGGCAAUGGGGAGGUUGGCGCAGUAUGGGGACGUACAGAUGCUGAUGACUGCUAAAGGACGUGAGCGGACUGAGAAAGAAUGGAGGCAACUGGCUGAAACUUCUGGUUGGAAGGUGCAGAGCAUAUACACCCUGAGAAACGCCUGGCUCCAGGAGGUGUUCAAAGAUUCGGACAAGCAUUCUAAGGCGCCGGCAAACAACUCUGGUUUCUACAUGAACCAACUUUUGGGUCAGUGUCUUGGACUGAUCAGCGGACCAGACUGGCGAGCUGUGCGCGGCGCAAUGGAAGUUCCUUUCCAGCGCAACCAUGUGGCCUCGCAAGUUGAAAACUUCCAGCGCCUUGUGCAUCAGCACUUUGCAGACUUACAUGCUCAAGGCGAGAGCAAUUUGGCGAAUGGAUUAUUGCACCCUGUCAACGAUCUGGCGAUGCUGCCUUUCCGGAUCAUUGCUGAAAUGUUUUAUGGUCGGCUCCCGCCUGAAGUUAUCAAGUUGCUGGAAGACCUGGUGCCCCUUCGCACUCACAUAUUCAACGAUCAUGUCAUACGAGGAGGCUUAUACAGAUUCUCUUGGGCUCGCUUCUUUCCUACCGCCGCGAAUGCCGAUCUCGCGAGGUUCAAGUCGUCGUGGAAAGAGUUCAACCAGAUGGCUUUGGCAUAUGCGCUUCAGGAAAGGGGUCCGCCAGCGCCGAUUAUCGCCAUGUACGACGCUGUAGCCGCGGGCAAUAUAAAUGAGGACCAACUACUGCAGACAUUGGACGAGUCCCUUUUCGCCAACUUGGACGUAACCAUCGGUGGAUUAUCGUGGGUGCCCGUCUUCUUGGCGGCCCAUCAACAUGACCAGGAGCGCUUGAGGACCGAAAUCGACGCAGCGUGCAGCCAUGAGAAGGAUGCUAAAGCAAUCGCCCGCUACCUCAGCGAGGGGCGUUCUACGUUUCUAGCCUGCUGCACCCUCGAGUCAAGUCGCCUGCGACCUUUAGCUGCAUUCACCGUUCCGCAAGCAGCACCAACUUCGCGUCGAAUUGACAUUGCGCCCGGGAAAGCAUACGUGAUACCUGCUGGCACCAGCUUUGUUGUGGAUACGUACGCCCUCAACGUGCGCAACGAGGCACACUCGGGCAAGACGAUACUUGUUCUGGAGGUUCGGCUUUGGCCCGAGGCAGUGUUUGGGACGUUGGUCGAGAAGUCAAGAGUCAUGGAUCACCCACCCUGA